ACAGGAGGUUUUCCAUGAUGCACCAGGGCUGGGAACCUGUGCCAUGGUGCAGUGGAUUAGGAUAGUGUCCAGGGAAUACUGGGAAUGUUUGUAGGGAAUUAUGGAGUAAGGCAUCAUUUCCAAGAGAGCAUCUCUCCGGUUAUAGACAUCGCAGCCAAGAUGGACCUAAGUGUGGAGCAGGCUCAGUUCGUGGCGCCCGCGUGCUUCUUCGCCACCGCCGCCUCUCAGAGUCUGAGCCCGAGCGAGAGCACCGGCAAGUCUGCAUCCAAGCAGGCCAAGAGGCAGCGCUCGUCCUCGCCGGAGCUGCUGCGCUGCAAGCGGCGCCUGAGCUUCGCGGGUUUCGGCUACAGUCUGCCGCAGCAGCAGCCGCACGCCGUGGCGCGGCGCAACGAGCGCGAGCGCAACCGGGUCAAGCUGGUCAACAACGGCUUCGCGACGCUGCGCGAGCACGUGCCCAACGGCGCGGCCAACAAGAAGAUGAGCAAGGUGGAGACGCUGCGCUCUGCGGUCGAGUACAUCCGCGCCCUGCAGCAGCUGCUCGACGAGCACGACGCCGUGAGCGCAGCCUUCCAGUCGGGCGUCCUGUCUCCCAGCGUCGCGCACAGCUACUCCAACGACAUGAACUCCAUGGCCGGAUCACCUGUCUCCUCAUAUUCCUCAGACGAAGGAUCCUACGACCCACUCAGUCCCGAGGAGCAGGAGCUCCUAGAUUUCACCAGCUGGUUCUGAACAUCAGGAAGAUCCUGAAGAUUGUUGAAGAUUGUCAGCACUCACUCUGGAGGUCCAGGCGCGUCCUCCGAGAACACAAGGCACUGCGUUUGCGCUCCCGUCCGGUUGGAUAGACCCGAGUUCACAAUAUCAAGAGAGACUGGCCCAAGAUGAGAGGCCAAAGCGACACGCAUCGGCCCCAAGUGUCCCGAGCCAAAGGACUUGUAGAGCAGACAAGUGCAAAAAAAAAAAGAAAAGAAAAAGUAAUAAAGUAAAUGCGCAGGGGUUCGCUAUAGCCCAAAGCGCAUUGACCCAACAGAUCCAUUUAAGAUGUACUAUUUUUCUGCAUAAGCGAUUCUAUUUGUUCUUAAACUAUGCUAAACCCAAUCACAGAGCUGUCCUGUCCUGCACAUCAAAAUCCCCCGUGUUGAUUUAACACCUUCAGCUGGCCACAGAAGAGCACUGGGAGAGUCGCUUCAGCUCUGCAGGUGUUCACUCAGCACUGGAAGAGUUCACCUGAACUCGGGGAUUUUGCUGUAACUCUAUGCUUCCAACCUGGCGGAAUUUAUUAUAAUGAAGUUCUAUUUGUAUAAAAAAAAAAAUCACGUUUUUUUUUUUUUUCUAAAAUAUAUUAAACUAUUUUUGUAUGUAUGUAAGAGAUUUAUAGAUGCUGUUUUUGUACACAUUCAUUGUAAUAUGUAUAUAUUUUUGGCUUAUACAUAAACACAGCCUAAACACCGUAUGUUGCUUAUUACCUCUUGCCUUUUCAGACGUGUAGUCUAAAUGCAUCUGUUUACGGUAUUAGGCUUUUUUGUUUUGUUUUGUUUGUCUGAUUUUUCCUGGAGUUUGACACUCCAGAGUUUGAUUUCAGCACCAACGUGUCUUAUUUAACGGGAAGUACAUGUAAUAUGACUCGGAGUUCACAGUGAUCAAAGGUUAUGCAGCUAUUGUCCAAACCAUGGCGGUCUAUUUUCUCUCCACACUGCCUGUUUAACUCUGCCUUUACAAUAUUCCAAGGAGAAAACAAAAAAUGGGGAAAAUGCCUUACGUCCAUAUUUUUUACACUUUAGUCUCAUAAUAAAAAGUUUCUAAAAAUA